AUGGAGCGUGCAGCAGCAGCAGGACUUGCAGAGCAUGGGGUUUCAGCCCCAGGAACAGAUGACAGACAAGCCGACACGCGAGAUGCCGCGGACAGACGGACAGGGGAACAGACGGACAGGGGAACAGAAGGACAGGGGAACAGAUGGCAUCUCUUGAUUGCAACCGGCGUGGACCAUAUCAGGAAGACGCUCGGCGGGGCCAAAGCUGCGAGCGAGGAUGCUUUAGGAGUCUAUCCAAAGAUAGUUGAGGAACCACGGAAGUGUGAGGACUGGACUUCGGUCCAUCGUCCAGCCGCAGGGGACAUCUAUCCGACGACCGCCCAGACCGCUCAGACAGGCGAUCAGACAGCGGCGACUGCGCGAACACGAGCCCCGAGUACAGACUUCUUCGCCUUGCAGAUGAAUACCAGCGACCUGCACGAGGGACUCACGCCCAGGCGAGGGGAGCAGCAGUGGACCAAGAGGGCAAACAGGAGCAGAGCCUCCCUUGGGGACGAGCAGUUUAUAUCUGCGGUGAUAGACCACCAACCAUAUUUGCAAUCCCGCGCGAGGCUUGUCAUGGGAUACCGGAUGCAUCCAACAUCUUGA